AUGUUUCGUCUGCUGCCAAGUGUAGGAUUUCCCCACCUACAACACGCUACCAUUCGUCCGUCAAUGUUUACAUCUACGUAUGACGCGUAUUUAAGAAGAAAUCUCUAUCAAACUUAUCAAAAAUCUCAGCUGAUGAUGUCGGUUUCAACGGAGAAAUUAAUUUCUGCUGAGGAUAAUUCUUUACAAUUACAGGACGAGAUUACUAGGAAGCAGGAGGAACUAGCUAAGAAGGCAGAGGAAUAUACGACGACAGUAGGUAGUUAUACUGCCUGGAACACAAACGUAGAUCUAGGACCUCCCGACUCAACUGUCUCACUGACCAAAGAUGAUGUACAUAUCCAGGAUUACUACAAUGCUUUACAAUAUAGUUUGUUUGAGAACAAUCUUCCCGAGACUAUCGACAGAACGCAGAAACCGAGAACAUGCCACCCGGAUACGGAAGUUGCAAUCGUUGUUUUGGCAUCACCAGUGGAAUGUCUAGCGAUAUUGCUAGAAGGUGGACGACAAUGUCCGGGCGAAAUGUUACUGGUGAUGUCACCUACCUGGCUCAUUAAGGAUAAAUCUAAUAAAGGUGAAGGUCAACACUCGCUUUUUGUUAAAAAGGCAAUUGUUUUUGAUCGUACCGGAACUUCCUUUAUCGAUGUGUUUUAGAAACCUAGACGGUGUACCUACUUUGUGAACUUCUUCUCACGUGCAUGUACUGAUGGACAAAGAAACGAUGGUGUUGAUGUUGAGUUGGAUUUGGACUGCCCGAUGUCCAGUUCUGUUGAGCUGUAUAAAUACGUGGACGAUAAACUAUUGACUCGUAUAUGGAUGGCGGAAGCGGGUGUGCAUUACCCAGAAACACUAGCAGUUGUGUACAAACCGGCGUAUGAGUACAAUGUCCCAAAAUGAUGCACAUAUUGAAGUUAUAGUUGUUGAAAGAAAAAAGGACGUAAACAAUUACAUUGAAGACAAAGUUAAGCAUUUCCUGAAGUUAGAAAAUAUUGAGUCAAUAGGAAAGGUAAACUACUUUGAUUUGAGGCAAUGUUUUUUUUCUUGUAUCUUCUGGUGUAUUUUUUCUCCUUCAUCAGAAUAAUGUUUUAUCUCAUUUAUUAAGCAAUUACUCAUAUACUGAACACAGACAACCGAUGUACUUA